AUGGCAGACAGUACUUCAAUUUCUAGAGAUUUACAGCCUAGCAUAGUGUAUUUCAAGAUAGCAAGAGAGGUAUGGCUUGAAUUGCAACAUAGGUUUUCUCAAGGUAAUGGUCCUCAGAUUUUUGAGCUAAGAAGGGAAGUUUUUUCGAGUCAGGAGGAUCUAACCAUCAAUGCCUAUUAUACAAAGUUUAAAGGUUUAUGGGAUGAGCUAUCAGAAUACAGGACCUGUUCUUGUGGUCAUCAAGCUGAAGAAUGUGUUAUGUCUUUUUUGAUGGGUCUUAAUGAUACUUACACAACUGUGAGAGGGCAGAUCUUGUUAAUGGAUCCUAUUCCUUCUUUAAGCAAGGUAUUUUCUCCCUUGGUUCAAGAUGAGAAACAAAGGAAAGUCAGUAAGACUCCCACCACUGAAGCUUCAGCCUUAGCAGUCAAGAACAAUGGUUCUUUUGUUAAAGGAUCUAACAAGGGUAAGUCUGGUAGACCUCAGUGCACUCACUGUGGAGCUUUGGGUCAUGUUGCUGAUAAAUGUUACAAAUUACAUGGCUACCCACUUGGUUACAAGUUUAAGAACAAGGGACAGCAAGGUGGACAUUCUUCUUUUGCUAGCAAUGUUGUUUCCACUGAAUGCAUCAAUGAAGAAAGUUUUAAUCUCAUUAAGUCAGAAUAUCAACAGCUCCUUGCCUUGAUCAACUCUCAAAACCAUUUUGGUGUGCAAGCUUUAUAA